AUGAGGUCUGUGUGGACGUGUUUGCGCACUGACCAUAUAGCCAACAUCAGCCGACUUUACUUCUCCAAGACACUAUUGAUCAUGCAUCCUUUCAGCAUUGAGUACCUAACUUCUCCUGCGGCUGGGAAAAAGAUACAUCGAUCAUCAUCACCAGCCUCUGUUGACAGCGACACUCCCAGGACACCAUCUCCAUCCAGUAGCGUCUCCUCAUCAACCAAGUCUCCAUCCUCCUCGCCUUAUGGACACGUCGUCGACUCCUCGGUUGCAGAGGCCCUGAUUUUGUUAGAGAGACACGCAGCAUCCACCAGAAGCACGAAGGAGAAGACGGAAAAGCCACCGCAUUCCUAUAUUGCCAUGAUCUCCAUGGCCAUACUCCACGCACAGGACAAGAAGAUGCUCCUCUCCGAUAUUUACCAAUAUAUCAUGGAUAAUUUCCCUUACUACAACAAUCAGGACAAGGCAUGGAGAAACAGCGUCCGGCACAAUCUCUCCCUAAACGAGUGUUUCAUCAAAUGCGGCAGAGCUGACAACGGCAAAGGCAACUUUUGGGCCAUCCACCCUGCAUGCGUCGAGGACUUCUCCCGUGGCGACUUCAGGCGCAGACAAGCAAGGCGACGGGCUAGACGGAGCAACCAUCGGGACAUCGACAUCGGACAGUUUUCGGGGAUGUCUGGUAACUUCAAGUACAACCUCGGCUACAUGCCCAUGAACUGUCCUCCAGCUUUCGCAGGAUACCAUCCGUACUCUACUCCGAUUUACGCCCAGCAUCAGUACCCCAUGACAUCACAGAUGACAUCAACACCGACGGGUUACGCGGGUGGAUAUACGCAAGGUAUGAUGUCUUCACCAGCAGGACUACCAUCGCCGAUGUUUUUCGGAACAGGAGGGAAUACGGCAGCGUGUCCAAUGUCUUUCGCUCAGACUGGAUUGAUGCAUACGUCAUUACCGGCGUGGUAA